UUUCCCUUUCCCCUCUUUAUGGCAGGCAGCCACUCUCACUGCACUGCCCAAACUAACAUCUCCAAACGGCGUCGUUUCCGUGAGAUCACCAUUACCGAAUCCCCCCUCCCCCGCCGCCUUCUUGCAGUUCCUCCAUUUUUUCCGGCGGUUUUACUCUGAUUGAGCUGUUUCUGUCGGCAUCUCCUCCGGCCGGCCAUGUCGUCGCCGUCCAAUUUCAAGAUCCGGUACUCCCCCACCGCAGCGGCAUUGCCCCACGUCGCCGACUCCCUCGCCGCCGCCGCCUCCGUCGUCUACAGCGGCUCCAACGCCGUCGCCAACCACGACGCCUUCUCUUCGUCUUUCAGCAAAUUCAACUCCGCCCUCACCGCCGGCCUCCUCAACCCAAUGUCGCCACCGCCCUCCGACGACAAGGCCCGCGCCAGCCCUACCUUGUUCGAGAUGAUGGCUAGCGAGCCCGAUCGUGUCCCCAAAACGUCUCCCCAGAUUCCCAACGGCUUCGUCUCCACCCUAAACCAGCGGCCUAAUUCUCUCGUAAUCCAAGACAAGCAGGCAUUGCUGCAACAGCGGCUUUCGGAUCUUCUGGCGUGUCGGAGCCCCGGAAAUCAGUUCAAUGACUCGUCUUCCAGUGACGUCAAGUUAACAUUGAGCUCCAAGGAUGGCCUGAGCGUUUCCAUGAAUGUCCACAGCCAGAUCUUGGUGGCUCAUAGUCGGUUUUUUGCCCUAAAAUUACCGGAAAAAUGGGCUAAGCAACCGAGGAAUUCGGGUCCAUACAUUGUGGAGAUUGCUGAUUGUGAUGACAUUGAGGUUUACAUAGAGACUCUGAGGCUAAUGUAUUGCAAGGAUUUAAAGAAGAAGCUCAUUAAAGAAGAUGUCCCUAAAGUUCUAGGAAUCUUAAAGGUUUCUGCAGCAAUUGGGUUUAAUGCUGGAGUUCUAUCAUGUUUGGAGUACUUAGAAGCUGCUCCCUGGGCGGAGGACGAGGAAGAAAAAGUAGCGUCGCUCUUAUCUGAGCUUCACCUCGAAGGGAUUGGUGCAGGGGAAGUCUUAAAGAGGGUGUCGCUUGAUGCUGUGGCUGGGACAGAGGAUGGAGAUGGCAAUGAGGAGGUUCUUCUCAAGUUAUUGCAUGUGGUUCUCGAAGGGAAAGAUGAGAAAGCAAGGCGGGAGAUGAAAGGGUUAGUGUCAAAAAUGCUACGCGAGAAUUCAUCUCAAAAUGACUUGAGGAAGGAGUCACUUUAUUCGGCUUGUGAUGCAUGCUUGCAAUUGCUCUGCGACUGUUUUCUUCGGGCAGCUGGGGGAGACCUUGAAGAUAUCAGCCAGAUUGCUCGGCAGGCUGAUAAUUUGCACUGGCUUUUGGAUAUUUUGAUCGAUAGACAGGUUGCUGAAGACUUUUUGAGGACUUGGGCUUCGCAGUCUGAAUUGUCCGAGGCACAUUGUAGAGUGCCGGCUGUUCACAGAUACGAGGUUAGCAGGGUAACGGCCAGGCUGUUUGUCGGGAUUGGGAAAGGGCAACUGUUAGCUUCCAAGGACUUGAGGUGCUUGUUAUUGCAGACAUGGUUGACGCCAUUCUAUGAGGAUUUCGGAUGGAUGAGGAGGGCAACGAAAGGCCUUGACAAGCAUUUAAUCGAGGAUGGUCUGAGCAGUACUAUUCUAACACUGCCUAUGGCCUUGCAACAGGAAAUUUUAAUGUCGUGGUUUAAUCGGUUUUUGAACUCCGGUGAUGACUGCCCAAAUAUUCAGAGGGGAUUCGAGAUUUGGUGGAGAAGGGCGUUCUGGAGGCGGAAUAGUGAGCAGCCCGAGCAGCUGCGCCAAAUGCGCAUUGUGACUGCAACAAUUGAGAACUCUUGAGAUUUACAUGUCAGUGAAAUUAGUGUUGUUAUUAACAUGUGACUAUUAACUCUUACUAUCACUUGGCUGUCAAAUAGAAGAAUAAUUUCUCUUUUUCCCCUUC